AGUCUGUUGUUUGUAUUUUCUUCAUUUAAUAUUCUAUUUUACAUUACGGGAUUUUUACUUUUUAUACUCAGUUUGCUGUAUUGUUUGGUGAUUGGUAUUGAUUUGCAUUAAACAUACAAAUCUUUCGUGACUUCGUCUAUGGUCCAAAUCUGAUUGAAAAAUAAGAACUUACUGCAGAGUAAAUAGAUUGUAAAGCAAUGUUUACAGAGAGUAAAAUGAAGUAACUUGUAAAAGGAAACCAUGCCUAGUCGCGCAGUGAGUCGCGGCCCUAUAAUUGGAGAAGUCAGUAUGGCUGACAAUCCCUUCGCGACCUUUGAGUCGCUCACACAAGCCGGCAUUAUUGCGGUGAUCGGAGCAGCUAUCAUCAUAUCCAACUUACUUAUCAUAGUAGCCUUCCUCAAUUUUAAAGGUCUAUCGAACGAGGUGAUAAACUACUACUUGCUGUCGCUGGCCGUGGCAGACCUUCUGUGCGGUGUCUUCGUGGUGCCCCUCUCCAUAUACCCGGCCAUCACCGGUCGAUGGAUGUUUGGGGAUCUGAUGUGUCGGCUCGUCGGCUACCUUGAGGUCACUCUCUGGUCCGUCUCAGUUUACACCUUCAUGUGGAUCUCGGUCGAUCGUUACCUCGCCGUUAGGAAACCGCUCCGUUAUGAGACGGUUAGUCUGACGGUACAAACGCGCACAAGAAGUCAGUGCUGGAUGGUCUUUACAUGGAUCUCAGCGGCCAUGCUGUGCUGUCCUCCCCUUCUCGGCUACAAAAAGGAUGCAAGCUUCGACAAAGAAACUCUGAUUUGUAUGCUCGACUGGGGGACUACCUAUGCUUACACAGCCACUUUAGCCAUGCUCAUCCUUGGCCCUAGCGUCAUAUCAAUCGUCCAUAAUUAUUGGUAUAUAUUUGCCAUGAAGAGAAAGCUUAACAGCGGAGUACCCAUACACGACAAGGAGUACGCGACAGCUUUGGCAGAGAAUUUAGCUAAUCCCAGCCAUUGGAUGAGUUUCGUAAUGGUUACCACGUUCUGGUUGAGCUGGGCCCCAUAUACUGGUAUCAGGCUGUACGAGUAUUUCACGGAUCAGGAAUUAAAGAUGCCUAUGUUACACUUCGGUAUGGUUUGGGUUGGAAUACUUAACUCUUUUUGGAAAGUCAUAAUCCUCGUAUCCCUCAGUCCGCAGUUUCGUCUAGCGUUACGAAUCUUAUGUCUGACAGCCUGCUGCCGGUCGAAAGGUCGAUUGCAGGCGGAACUAGUAGGACUAGACAACGAUGAUUAGGAAUUAAUGGAGUGUUGUGCAGUGAUGAGAUAUCACACGUGAUAUAAGCAAUAUUAGGUCGCUCAGAUUCGACCAGUCGACUGUUCAGUAGGUUAGGAUUGCCUUGUCAGGUUUCAUCCGGAAAUCUCAUAUAUGAUUAAAUUUUAUCAAUUUAUUGACAAUAAUAAUCAAUUUUAUAACACUAACAUUUUGAUCAUAUCAUUUAUAAGAAUAUGUUGUUUGUCUACGCCUUUAACUCGAGAAUGUAUAUGUGGUGAAAUAUGUUUUUCAAUUAUAGUAAUACGUUUGAAGGUAUAGUUGUGAUAAUUGUAGAGUAGGUAUGUACUUGGAUAUACCCCUUGGAUGCGAUAUACUACUUCUGUAUACUAGAGUUUAAUAUAUUCCUUUCCUAGAUUGUGUCGGUUAAUCUUCAUAACAAAGCGAAAACGAUAGUAAUAGUUUGAAUUUAUAAUUUUGAUUUAUUUAUUUAAAGCAGUCACACUGCCCAUUCGCUGAUGCAGUUGUCAUUAGAAAAUGAUAAGCUAUUAAGAUUGGCCGAUAUAUGAUCGUACUCAAAAGCCUAAAAUGUAUAUAUAAUAAUUCAAAGAUAUUCAAGCUAUCCGUCAGUAAUAAAGUCACCGGUUGGGUAGAUAAGAAAUUGCUGUCUUAUUCCUACGACGCAGGCUAAAAUGGCCUUAUAUACAGUUGCAUGACAAAAGAGCAAGAUUCCAAUGAAAUGUAGAUUAUUAUGUUGUGAUAUUUUUUAUUCAAUCUAAAUAUUUACUUAAGAAGCCACGUAGAUUUAGAAUACAUAUUGUAGCAGUAAUUUUUUUAUAACAUUAUCACUAUCGACAGAUAUUGCAUGGGCGCGUCUUUUGUAAAUGAAUUUUCACCGGCCAUUCUGCACAGUUGGACUGCAUAACACGACAUAGACAUAAGGCAGCAGUUAUUAAAAUUAUAUUCAAACAGUCUAACUUUGAUUACCGUUAAUUUUUUGGAAAAUAUAGUAAUAAUACUUUAUACAGAGAUAUGAUAAAAUAUUCAGCUAUUAGCGUUUAUAAUUAAGGAGGGCACCAUGUCAUCUGCCAUGGGCAGGGUACAGACGGUCAAUAUAUACCGUGGUUCUUGAGAUCUCGCCAAUAUUUACUAGUUUAUGAGUAAACGCGGCAGAAAUAAAUAUUGAGCACAUUGAUAUUAAAUGUAGAUUUUUUGUGAUCCAUAAAUGUAUGAGCUGUUGAUUCAAUAUAUGUUGAGACAGGUAUCGUGAUAAGGGAUCGCGAUAUUUAUUGACCGUCUGAUCCCUGCCUAUGACAUACUAUUUUUGACUCAAUAGACUAUUUGAGUGUCUUUUUAAACUAAAACCUGAAAUAGUAGAAGUAGUAGUAGAAGUUAGUAAGACGUGCGUGAGUUUUUUACGUACGCGAUGGUCGAUAUAUUGAUAGCGUCUUAAUAAUUUCAUAAUAUAAUAUUUAAAAUAUUCAAUAUCUCAUGAAGUUGGGAUGACAGUUAGCAUCAGCCCGUAUAAAAUGUAAAAUGCUGAUUUAAUGUUUUAGGAGAAAAUUUAACUAUAAUUCAAUUACAGAAAAUUAUAAACGGUAAUCCGCUGAAGACUGUUUAAUUUGUAGUUGUGAUUUUUAUAAAUUAAAUCGUUACUAGAUAAUUAUGAAUCGCUAUAAAUAACGCCAUAUAAAUAUUAUAAG